UGUUUAACAUUGCUUAACCAUUUUAAUGGUUAGCUACUGUUCGAACUAAAAUGGCUAAUGAGCUAGCUAACUUUGACACAUAGCUAGUUAUUUGGUAGCUAAUGGGACAAUGUGCCUCUAAACUUGAACUAGCCUACACCCAUUUGCUGCAGAAAAUGGCAGCUUAACGUUAUAUUCAACCAGCACAACUUUGUCUACUUCAGCCUUUGUAAUUGCAGUGUAACGUCUAAGUAAUGCAUAGUGCAUUGCGUAGCUAGUACUACUGAGAUAAAUGGAUAGUUAGCUAACGCUUAGUUGAACCAGCACUAAAUGAUGAUUUUGAAUAUAUAUUUUCUUUGUUAACAGAGGCAAAAUGCUGUUGCGUGUUCAGCUCGGGGAAGAGCAGAAAUACGUCAAGCUGUCUGAGCUGACAUUCAAUGCUUUCUUGAAAGAAGUGUGUCUAAAAUUCAACAUACCAGAAAGCAGAAAGCCAGACAUUAAGGUGUAUGACCAGUCUGACACAGAAGUUGACUCAGAUGUUUUUGAAGAAUUAGUAAAGGAGUCACCUGGAACUUUCAGAAUCAUGCUGGGCAAUGGACUUGAUACCUCUCAUUCAUCAUCAUGCUCGGGUACAUCUGAUGACACCAUCAUUCUGAAUUUCACUGUGUGUGACGAUGUUGAAGAAGUAGCGGCUGGCGAAGGAAGCCAGCCUAAAAGGCCAUGCCACAUAAACUAUGAGGCAAAAGCACUGAUUGAAAAAAUCCUAACAUCAAAGCCUGGUGGUGAACGCAUUAUGCAAGAGUAUGGAAAAACCAAAUCUCUGACAGAUGCCACCAGAAGACAGAUGAUCAACAUACUUGCUGCUGAGAUGACAGAAACACAUGGGACAUCCCCCCAAAAGUGUCAGAGCACAGGGGAUACCCGCCUGGCCGUCCUCUCAAUGAGUCCCCCCACUGCUGCCUGGUUUGGCCUCAGCCCGCCUGGCCUGGCCGUCCUCUCAAUGAGUCCCCCCACUGCUGCCUGGUUUGGCCUCAGCCCGCCUGGCCGUCCUCUCAAUGAGUCCCCCCACUGCUGCCUGGUUUGGCCUCAGCCCGCCUGGCCGUCCUCUCAAUGA